AUGGCGCUUCUUCAUGGGGCGAGUACGCGGAGCGAAAGCGCCGAUGAACCCUCCGACCUCCACCGCUCUUGCCUGGUUGAGGUCCGGGCAGGUGCAGGUGGUACUGAGGCCAUGGACUGGUGUAGUAUGCUCGUUCGCAUGUACCAGAGAUGGGCAGAGUCUGCGGCGGCGAGUCGAUCCCUGCGUUUCCAAGAAGUGAAGCUCACGGACUCGAGCCCGGGUGAAGUCGCCGGACUUCGCUAUGCUGCCCUCUUUGUACGCAGCGGCACCGAUGGACUCGCCUGGGCUACCGCUUGGCUCCGUGGCGAGGCCGGUAUUCACCGCCUGGUUCGUCAUUCGCCUUUUGACGCGUCCCAGAGGCGUCACACGAGCUUUGCAAGUGUGUCGAUCAUACCGCUACUGGAUGAAGAAGAAGUCGCAUCAGAAGCGUUACAAGCGCUCAACAUUCAUCCCGACGAUUUGCUCAUCGAGACGAUGCGCUCCUCGGGCGCCGGUGGCCAACACGUGAAUAAGACGGACUCUGCAGUGCGAAUCACCCAUCGACCGAGUGGCAUCGUGGUAACCUGUCGGAGCGAGCGUUCGCAGCACCAGAACAAGGCUCGAGCGCUAUAUGUGCUCCGAUCGAAACUCCGUGAGCGCUAUCUGCAGGAAAGAAGGCAACGACAGGCGUCAAUGACACAUCACGGCGGUAGCGCCGGCUUUGGCAGUGCAGAUCGCCUCGUUCGUUCCUAUAUUCUGAGUCCGUUUACCUUGGUGAAAGACUUGCGCACGGGCCUCACCUGCAGUGACGCAGAGAGUGUCCUUGACGGUGGAGAUGCAUUGCACGAGAUGCUACGAGCCGCUCUGGCGCUCGACCAGACCGACUCCGCGGGGAAUGGUGCACCCGCGCAUGCGACCAAGCGCUGA